UGGGCCUCCAGCUUGCCGUAUAAAAACAACAAUGGCGUCUUCGGCGGAUGUGCACGUCCGAAUUUGCGGACAAGAAAUUAUAAAAUAUGAUCUGGAAAUUAAAGCUCUCAUUCAGGAUAUAAGGGAUUGUCCUGGACCUCAGUCUUCUCUCAUGGAGCUCAACUCUCAGGUCAAAGAGAAAUUCAACAAGCUGAGGCUCAGAAUUCAGGAUCUGGAGCAGAUGGCCAAAGAGCAGGACAAAGAGUCAGACAGACUGGGCAUCCAGGCUGAGUCAGAAAGUCAGUGGAAGCAGAUGCUGAGUAAUCAGACAGCAUGGAGGAAAGCUAACCUGGCAUGUAAACUGGCCAUAGACAAUAUGGAGAAGGACGAGCUGCUGUGUGGUGGAGAACACCACAACACCAGACAGAGGAAGGCAACCAAGGAAAGUUUAGUGGAAACCAGCAGCAACAUCACAGAGAGUCUGAUGUCUAUCAGCAGGAUGAUGGCUGAACAGGUGAAGCAGAGCGAGGACACCAUUGGAACUAUAGCCACCUCCUCCAGGACGGUGCAGGAAACCAAUGAGGAGUUUAAAAACAUGACAGGAACCAUUCACCUGGGGAGGAAGCUGAUCCUGAAGUACAACCGGCGGGAACUGACAGACAAGUUGCUCAUCUUCCUUGCACUAGCCCUCUUCUUCGCUACUGUCCUCUACAUCCUCAAGAAACGUCUCUUCCCCUUCAUUUAGCCAAACGGCUGGGUCUCUGUUCGCUUGCAAGGCGUCACCACAAUGAAUUUUAGGAGGUAUGGAGUAGACUCUCAAACCACAUGGACUCUUGGAAGCAGCACUGAAACUGGACCUGUCACUUUCUACACUUAAUAUGCAAUAUGAAGGGCUAGAAAAUGGCUGUGAAUCUCAGGAUCAACUUCAGCUGAUAUGAAAGGAGCAAAGUGAGUAAAACAGGCAUUCGGACUUUCAUACAAAACAUUAAAAGCCACAGCGUGCCUCAAACAGAUGUGGUUAUACAAUGUGUUUUUGGACUUUGAAGUCAAACAUCUCAAUACUUGUUGCAAAUGGUCACAGUUGAAGUCGGGAUCUAAAGUCUGCUGUUUCAGCCUUUCCCUUGAUGCUACACACUCCCUCCCUGGCAUUACAUCAAGGACUCUCUGGUUUUUGAGUGACUCUGCUGUCUUAAUGUGACCUUUUCUACUAUUUUGGAUGAUGGUUCUCACUUUCAGACAGCCUGAGCUCGAGGAAAUUCACAUAUUUAUAUGAGAAGUGAAGUAAAUGUAGAGUGCAUAAAAGCUCAGACACAUUUGCCAAAUUUAGUGUGAUUAUCGUGUGUAAGGCACUUUGAAGCAUACUGAAGGUAUAAUAAUGCAGUAAGACUGGCACCUACUGACCAUCAUGAUUGUCUUGCCUCAGUCCAACAUGAAAGGCAGAAAAAGUAGAGCUGCCCAGAGGGAAUAUUUUUAUUUUAAUAAAUCUGUGAUUCUGUCCUCGUGUCAGUCACGUUGAAGGGUUGGCAGUCAGUGAGUAAAACAAACUCUUCGCAAGGGUCCACUGGAGAUUUGUUUUAGCCAUCUUAUUGCUGCACAUAUGCUUCCUCGUAACUGGCGCGAUUACACACAAAUUCCAUGCAAAUGGGUGAGCUGCAUGAGAUAAAAAUGUUCUUAUUCAAAUAUUCACUUCCUGUGGAUUUUCCUUAAACCCCCAACAAAAUUAUUGAUCGUGUCUGAAUUCAGCUGCAGCUUCUAUGGUCCUGAAAAUAUGUUUCUGUAACGUGAUUCCAACUCGUCCUCCUGUUGAUUCAUGGUUGGUGUCUGUGCUGUAGUACUGUCUGACUUAAGCUGUAGAAUCAAAGCUCUGAUGUGCUGUUUCCAAAAAAAAACCCCAAAACGAAAGAAAACUGCUUACCUUCCUAGAGUCCAGUAUUCUACAUAUUGCACCUUUAAUUCAGAACUAUCCAGGGUCAAGGUUGCAAUAUGCAACAACCUUUGUUUACUUUUUUGUUAUAAUUUGUGAAUGUGUUCAAGAGAGAUCAGUGUGUGGUGUAUGUACAGUAUAUUUGCAUCAAAUGCUGUUGUUACUGAUGAGUUUACUUUGCGCCUUCCUUCCAGUCAGACUUCCAGACUACUGAUCCGAUGACGUCUGAAAACCCAAAGUAUCACAGUCUGAACUGCAGCACUGUUGGUGAGCAGACCUGUUUAACAGGACAGAACUGAUUCAAUUAACAGAUUUCUCUCUGUCCAUCAGUGUCACUGCGGUUUAAUCACAUUCAAAUACAAACUGUUCACAGCGGAGUUUUUAUGAUCCAUUUAAAUAAAAAUGUACAAAAUAUUCUUGACACCAAGGGUCUGUAUGAAAUGUGAACAAAUAGGACAUUAAAAAUAUAUAU